GCAGUUCUUGUGUUUGGUUGGCUGCCAUGGUUGUGGUAUACGUGCCAACCUUACCCACUCCCAUCAGUUGUAUUUCUCGUAGUGAAUUCGUUAGUGGAUGCUAUUAUCGAUUUACCAUGGGACAUGUAUGACACUUUUGUUAUCGAGGAGAAACAUGGAUUCAAUAAGCAAACAGUCGGUUUCUACAUGUGGGAUAAG